GCCUGAGGCUGCAGGAUUGAAGUAUUUAUCCGCCUCAGAGCCCACCCCCUCCUCGGAGUGGUAGCAAGUCAUCCUCGACCCUUUAAUAAACUUCCAUCUUUCAUACUUUAUUCAAGACAAUUAGCUUUAAAAACAUUUGCUGGGAAAUAUAUCUUUGCAGGACUAUUUUGGAGUUGAAGAGCUCCAUGACUGAUCUGUGUCCCAAUAAUAUUUGAGUUGUGGUGCAGUACGUCCCGGAAGUACUUGUACAGCAGACUGAGUGAAUUCAUUGCAGAGUGAGUUUGGGCAGCAACGAUUUGCGUCCUCCCUGACAGUUCUUUAUCAAUGGCAUCUGGGAGGUGCUCGUUCGUGGUGUUUUGUAUUUGCAGUGCUGUGAUCUCUUGCAGCCAUGGUGUUUACCUGGAACCAGAUCAGAAUGUUAGUCUUCCUAAUGGAUGGAUGCAUGUAGGGCGAGUAUCAGCCUCAGAUGAACUAUUACUCACUUUUUCACUGAAACAGCAAAAUACCGACAAACUCAAAGAACUUCUGGAGCAAGUAUCAAACCCGCAUUCUAUCCAAUACGGUAAAUACCUCACCUUGGAUGAGUUAUCGAGUCUGAUUCGACCUUCAGAAGAGACUCUGAAAACUGUGUGGACGUGGCUUAAAAACCAUGGUGUACAAAACUGCUCCACCAUCCAGACCUUGGAUUUCUUGAGAUGUUUCAUGUCUGCCAGCACUGCUGAAAAGCUUUUACCUGGAUCAGAAUUUAAUCGGUACACCAAUGGCCGUCACAUUUUGAUAAGAUCUCCACUUAAGUAUGAGGUUGCUGAAGAAGUUGCUGAACACAUUGAUUUUGUUGGAGGUGUACAUCGAUUCCCUCAGAAAAAGACUGUGAUAAGCAAGGCGUGGAAAGCUAGCCGGAAUAUAGAAGCAGAUUUUCACUUGGGCGUGACACCAGCUGUCCUAAGAAAACGUUAUAACCUUACUGCAAGUGAUGUUGGGUCUCAUGAGAAUAGCAGUCAAGCUGUGGCACAGUUCCUGGAGCAAUAUUUCCACCAGAUGGACCUCUCAGAGUUUAUGACAUUUUUUGGUAGCAGCUUUGUGCACCACAAUAAAGUGAGUAAAGUGAUUGGCUCCCAGGGCGGUAUAAAGGCAGGUUUGGAAGCCAGCUUGGAUGUGGAGUACAUUAUGAGUGCUGGUGCAAACAUAACUACCUGGGUCUUCAGUAAUACAGGAAGACAUGAAUCCCAGGAACCCUUUCUAGAUUGGAUGAUGUUACUGAGUAACAUGUCAUCAAUUCCAUGGGUCCACUCUGUCAGUUAUGGAGAUGAUGAAGAUAGUCUAUCUUUGGCGUAUUUGGACCGAAUCAACAUGGAGUUCAUGAAGUCAGGUGUCCGUGGACUCACAAUACUCUUUGCUUCUGGUGAUGAUGGUGCAGGCUGCAGAGAAGUUCGAAGAGGAAUAAAUACCUUCAGACCAAACUUUCCUGCAUCUAGUCCAUAUGUCACAACUGUGGGAGGAACGUCUUUCAAGAAUCCCUUUCAAAUUACAUCGGAGGUCACAGAUUACAUCAGUGGUGGUGGAUUCAGUAAUGUGUUCAAGAUGCCAGACUAUCAGGCUGCUGCUGUGAAUUCUUACCUCAGAAGGAUGAAAUCACUUCCCCCAGCUACAUACUAUAAUGUUAGUGGCCGUGCCUAUCCUGAUGUAGCGGCUCUAUCCGAUAACUACUGGAUUGUAAGCAACCUAAUCCCAAUUCCAUGGAUUUCUGGGACAUCAGCCUCAACCCCAGUCUUUAGUGGGAUCUUGGCCCUCAUAAAUGAUCACCGGUUCCAGAAAGGUCUUCCAGCUCUUGGUUUUGUUAAUCCAUUGCUUUACAGUUUACAGGAGAAAGGCAUAACUGGAGCAUUUUUUGAUGUAACUACAGGAUGCCAGUUGGGCUGUCUGGAUGAAAAAGUUGAAGGGCAGGGAUUCUGUGCUUCUCAGUCUUGGGAUCCUGUGACAGGUUGGGGGACACCCAACUAUCCAGAACUACUCAAGGCACUCCUUACUGGCAAAUUGGCUGAUCCAUAACCUGAAUCAAGUAUUUAACAAUUUGAAUGUAAACUACAUGCUGUUUCUGACCUUACCUUUGUGCGUGUGUCGAGACCAUUAGUGUUUAUUACAGAAAUUGAUGGAAACAAUGUUUUUUUGGAAAAAAAUCUGCAAACAAAUAUUAAGCAGCACUGAAAAAUACAAUACUUAUUGAUGCCACCAACAAUAUUUUGAUUAAACUACUACUCAAA